GGCGCAUCACCAACCUUCGUUUGCUCCUUCUUCUUUGUGCCGUCGGUGUGCAUUCUGUAAGUUAUUCUUCCCAUUUCCUCCUCCUCCCUAAUCUUUAUUUUUGACCCCCUUUCCGAGGGUUGCAUUCGAGCGAUCCCGUACUUUUUCCCUUAUCACCAUUUUCCCGGCUCGCUACCGGUGCAGCUUGUUUUCUACUCCUUUUUUUUUUCCCUUCCCCUUUCUUUCAUUUUCUACCCUUUUCUUCCCCUAGCCCUCCCUCUCUCUUACUUGCUAGUAGUGGGAUUAGUAGUUUGUCUCGACCGACAUUUGAAUUGCUCGCUAUUCCUCCGUGUUUGUGUGCGGGUUCCCCCCCCGUAUGGUUCGUUCAUCCUAGCAAAGCAACUCUUACCCUGCCUCCCAGAUAAAUCGUAUGGUAUUACGGCGGUAGAGUAGAAUAGUCACUGACCAGCGUCCCGAACCUCCAGCCCCCUCCCCUCCUCCGCUGCCAGACACAAAGCUCAUCACACUCGUUUUGGCGCCCAGUCGUACUCGUCUGCAGCAAAAUUAACCUGCACUCACACUCCCUUUCUCUCUUUCUUCUUUCACUCCCUCUCACUCUCUUUUAUUGCUUUUUCCUUCUUCCUUCUCACUCUCUUCAAGUGUUCUCUGCGGAAAGGCUUUUGUCGUUGCCCCCCCCCCCCCUCCUCCGUUCCUUUGUCACUUCUGCUGCUGCGCUCCUAGCUACUGGCUUACUGCGCUGCGCUUCCCUUUGACGCUUGGUGGAAGGAGGACGCUGUCUCAACGCAAAUUCCCCGACAACUAGAGCCUCAAUAAACUAGAGGCGAUAUCCGAGCAACAGGUACUCUGCAGCGACAAUAUUGGAUUAUCGAGCUGUUCGUGUUGUCCUAAACAGAGUGUAAGAAGUGUGCCCCUCGAUACAGGUGCUUGGGUUGCUUCUUUGUCUACCCUCGUGCCGCGUCUCGUGUGUUUAGUUACAUUGCUACUUUUGAAACGCUUCCCUCGAGUUCAAUGAAGCCAAGGCUAAUCCAUUGAUUAUUCGCAGUGGUCAGGUUCUUUCGGAACAAACAAAUUUGCGAUUCUGUUCGACGGCGAUUAUUUUCGUCGAUAAAUCGAACUGGAGAGUUUCGUAGAAAUAAUUUUCGGAACUUGUGGCUGUCUUGACGCUUGAUAUCAGCCUGAGUUUUUGCUGUUGACUUUGGUUGGAGUUCUGCUCCGUGAGUUUCAUCGUGCACCCCUUUACUAUUGUGCCGCCCUACAAGUACCCAAUUCUAUAACAUCCACUUGUUCCCCCUGACCUUGGAUACCUUGGGUGCAGUGGCCACCGCUGACGCAUUUCCUUUUCCAUUCUCCUUCAUAGGCCCCACGUUCUUUUCACCAGGCUCUUUUUUCUUUCUUUCUUGCAUCGUCAAGUCCACUCGUUUCAAAAGGCAUUAUAUCACGCUAUCUACACAGCUGGGUGCGCGGGAUCUGACAACCUAAAGUCAGAACAUCGGACUUUUUUUUUCUUUUUUUUCUUUCGGGAAUAGGGAAGGGGAUCGCGUACAAAGGUGGUGCGUAACUGGUUCGAGGAAAGCAGUGCACAGUCGCGAAAAUGAAGGCCCCUCGAAAUGUCUUCACCGUUGCGGUUCCACUGCUCUCGUCACUCGGUCCAGUUUUCGGAAUCGGCCACGCAAAUGCAGUCCCGGUGAAUAACCCUGUGCCGAAUUCACCAAGGUACUACUUCCCCAGGCAUGUUAAGCGUUCGGUCGAGAAUACGACAAUACCCGCCCCUCCGCCGUCAACAGGCGAAGCACGUACCACAACUUCUGAUCGCAAGGACCUUGAUGGCUUUCUGUCAUCUCUAUUUCCUACUGCUUCAAGGGGGUCGACCGAUGCUGUAACUUCAGUAAUUAAGGUCACGACAACCGUGGAGGAUCUGCCAACCUCAGCUCCAAUAUCAAUGACAACCACUGAGCUUCCUCCUUCCGUAACCUCGGCCAUUCCGUCGCCAACCUCGAUUAUCGAUUCUGUUACUUCGGCCGUCACAACGCCAACCACGGUUAUUGGUUCUUCGACUUCGGAUGCAGGUUCUUUAACCUCGAAGCCGAUCGCGGCGCCUACGGAUACUAGUGUCCCACUGAGCCCAACCGGAACCACGGACACGGCGGCGCCGACUACCACACCCAAGUUGGACCGCCCCCCAUUCGCAUCAGUCUCGUCACUCCUUAGCUCCGUUCAAUUGCCGGAUACGACAGCAGACACAACUGCAACCGCGGCAUCAACUACUGUUCCUCGCUCCUCUCCUACGAGUGCUUCUGGAUCAUCUCAGGGUGUAACGUCGGUACCGGACGCGAUUGUAUCUAGUGUUGCUACUGCGGUGUCUACUAGUCUUACCGGUUCUACCGCUUCUUCAAGUGGUAGGAACUUGAUUUCUUUUAUAUAUAAAUUCUUUUCUGUGACCAAAGACUGGAAUGCUAAUUUGUUCGUAGGAACGGCCCCUGAGACACCCACGCUUUUGCUUCCAACCUCAGUGCUUCCUACCACCCCGUCCCUAAGUUCCUCUUUAGUGUCAACGGUCCUCUCGUCGCUGCCUAUCGAUGCUUCUAUUACAUCAUUGUCUACAACCUUACCAACGGAUGCCUCUAAAGUACCGACAAUUUCCUCAGCGCUGCCUACCGAUACUUCUAUUACAUCAUUGCCUACAACCUUACCAACGGAUGCCUCUAAAGUACCGAUAAUUUCCUCAGCGCUGCCUACCGAUACUUCUCUUACAUCAUUGCCUACAACCUUACCAACGGAUGCCUCUAAAGUACCGAUAAUUUCCUCAGCGCUGCCUACCGAUACUUCUCUUACAUCGUUGCCUACAACCUUACCAACGGAU